AUGAGAAGCAUAAAAAAUGAAUUGUUCCGCAGCAACAGUCACACACUCGGUGAUUUGAAGCGAAGCGGCUGUUUGGGUUCCCUCUGGGGAGGAAGCAUACAUGGGAGAGGGGCCCAUUUUUUGAAGCCCUGCAGGGGGGAAAAACACAACAUUGCAGAAGAAAGGAACCCCUUAUAUGACACUAGGGAGAGGAAAAUUGGAUCACCACUUUUUAGCGGCACACCUGGUGAUCAUUUUACAGAUGGGAAAGCAGCACCAUUUGGGGAUGCUCUCCAAAAGGGGAAAAUUGGUGAACUUCUUAAACAUGCUGUGCAUAAUGUGAAGGCCCACGGGGGGAAAGGAAGCAAACUGAGUGAUAACGCAUUGCGUAUUGUAGAGCGCAUUUUUAAGAACAACCUACUUGUGCACAAUUUAAGCUUCAUCCAUUUUAAUAUGCUCCUGACGGUUAUUAGCAAAGGAGAAAUAAAAAUGAGUAAGGACAUGCAAAACGGGAUUCUGCAUUUACUGCACAAGCAUAUUUCGCCCCACGCAAGUCAUAUUGACAAUACGGGUAGCGCCUGGAUUAACAUAGCCCACUUACUUUCAAGCAUCUGUAGAAAUGAUAAAGUUAUGUUGCGUUUACUUAGGAAAAAGAAUCAGAAUGUAGCGAGUGGGGAUAUAAAAGAAGAUGCCGCUCUCCCGUUUGUGGACAAAUUUGUACGUAGAAUAUGCCAGCCGAGCGAUUUCAAUUACUCGAUAAGAGAAAUGUCUUUACUCUUGCACAGCUGUUACCACUUGAACUUGAGAAGUUGCCAACUGUUUGAUGCCAUUUUUGAUGAGCUACAAAAAAAGGAGCACCAUUUUAACUGUCUAGAUGUUCACAUUUUUGUGUACGCCGUUUAUAAAUUGCAGCUGCAGAGGUAUGCUCCCUUUCUGGAAAAGUUAAAAAAAAACAUUUUGCAAAACGUAUCGCAUUUUUCCAGCGGGCAGAUGGUAAAUAUAUUGUUAGCGUAUACGUACUUCUACCUUAAGGAGGGGAAUGGGAAACUUCCUUUGAAGACAGACCCGUUCAUGAGUACCAUUUAUGAAACCUGUUGGCAUAUGGUAAGCCAUUUCUCCAAUAGAGAAUUUUGCAACUUCCUCAAUUUUAUUAUACAAAAUGAAGUUAGCUUACGUGAGGAGCAACGGUCUGAGUUGUUUGGCAUCAUUUUUAAUCUGCUAAAGAGUCAGCACAGCAACAGGUUGAAGCUGAACCAGAUGAUCGACUUGGACGUUUUCACGAUCGUAAAUUUUGCCUACAAGUAUGGAAACUGCGGAACCGCAUCGUACAUGAGAGAUAUGCCCUUCGAGCACUUGGACCAGCUGACUGCCCAGUUAAUUGGGAAGAACAAAUUUGCACCAAAUUUGCUUGUGUACCUGCUGCACUUUUACAAGCAGAGAGUGGCUAGCUACACGGAGGAACAUUUUAUACGGCUACACUUUUUUCGGCGCAUUUGUGUUAACUCCCUCGAUUUCAAAAUGAAAGUUAUCCUGCUAACCUCAGUGGAGAGGUACCUACCGGGGGGGAGAGAACUACCCACGGGAGUAGCAAAAUCCACAUUUUGCAUUAAAGAAUAUUACCUCAAUUUGGUGAAAAGCGUUUAUGAUGACCUGUGCAGGGGGGAAAGUACACCCACUCGAGAGGGCACAGUGGACACCUCUCUGAAGCCGAACAGCAGCACCAACAGGGUUGUAAUUUCUAACACGGACAUUAAAGAAAUAUUAAAAUGGGUUAGGAGCACAACUCAGGAUGAAGAUGAUAAUCAUCAGCAUUGUGAUGCUGAGUCGUCCGGCGCUUCCAUCGAAAGGGAGACCUUAAAAUGGGAACGGAUGCUUCUUGACAGGGCCAGCGAAUACGUCACGAAGAAUAAUAUAGUGGAGUUAUUCCCUCUCAUCCUGGUGAACAGGCAUGUGCACACGGGUAUUUGCAACAAAGCAGAGGAAAUUAUAAACGACCAUUUUGACAACCUGAAUGAGUAUUUGCAAUGCCAUGAAGGAAGAGCAAAUGGUAUGAAGAAGUACGAUCGAAGUAAAAACGCUUUCCAUUUUUUCCACGCGCUGAACCUGUGUAAUGAAUGCAUUUUCACUAAAAUGGGCGGCGGAAACGUCACACAGUUUGUGACCAAGAAGAAACUCCUACUGAGCUGCAUAGAUCUCACACCUAUGAGCAAAGAAAAUGAAAAAGAUUAUUUUGCCUUACAUGUUCAUAUGCUCCUAUUCGAUAUAAACAACAAUUUAGACUUUUUUACGAACCACCUGCUAGCCAAAAUUUCGAAUUAUUUAAAGACCCCCAAUUUGAGCUAUGAAAACAUUCUUGUAAGCCUUGUCGAUAUAUUUUCUUCCAUAAUUAAAGUGCAACCCAGUUAUUACGACGCUUAUUUGAGCCAGGUUUAUAAGCACAUAUUUCCUCCACUGUUUUGUCACUACGAAAAGUUAAACUGCAAACAUUUGUCUCUUUUAUUUUACGCCAAUUUAAUUCACCUACUUUUACAUUUGUAUAAGCGAAAUGUGCUCUCAAACCACAUCACUUUAUCCAUCCGAAUGAUGAAAAAAUUGUUUAGCCAUAUUGUAAACUCCAUGGAUGAAGCCACCUACAAGUUAACCGAGGCACAUUGUGCAGAACUGUCCGAAUGGCACAAGCGGGAUAGACACAGAAGAGGGACACCCUCGUUACUUCUCCCUUUGAACGAGUUAAUUUACAUCUAUAGAGUGCUCACAAUUUUUCACUUUGCGGAUUUGUAUGCGCACAUGGAUGUGCAGGAGUUAAAGUGCUUUUACGCUUUUUACAAAGCUUUGAAUUUCUCCAUUUUCAAGGUGCACAACUUUUGCGUGACCGAGUUUACGCAGACGAAUAGGGGCGCCUCAAACGUGCAUACCGCCGUAGUGAACUCCCUGAAUGGCCUUUUCAAGACAAACGAACGCGUAAAAAUUACAUGCGAACAAGUUGUGUUCCCGUUAUUUAUAAUAGACAUUUUAAUUGACAAACGAUGA